UACUCAACAGUUCGAUCGUAUCUUACUGAAAUUGUAGUACUGUUAUACCUAACUUGUGAUAAAUAAAAUCAGUACGCUUCUUUACCAAGAUCGAAGAACACCUAUCUGAAAAAAAAUGGCGUCAAAAAAAGCUAUAUUGAUUAUCUUAGUAUGUGUAAUAGCAGUGUCUAUAGUAAUUGGUGUAUUAACUGCAACUUUGUGCUGCAAUGGCGGCGAAGAUGAGGAAGUAAUAGUGCACACUCAAUCGGGUUCAAUUAAAGGAUUAAGAGUCAACAGUGAUGUAUCUAGUUUCUACGCGUUCUUCCGCAUACCAUACGCCAAGCCUCCUGUGAACGAGUUGCGGUUCAAGGCGCCAUCUCCAAUAGAGCCGUGGUCCGGAGUUCUCGACGCCACGACCGAGGGUCCGGCGUGCGUGCAGGCCGACGCCCUGCACCAGAGCGAAGACUGCCUGAUCGUCAACGUGUACACACGCGACCUGCCCGCCCCCGCCGCCGCCCCCGCCCUUGCGCGCCCCGUCUACGUGCACCUGCACUUCGGCGGCCUGCAGGACUACUCGGCCAAUUCCGGCAACUUCGGCCCAGACUACUUCAUGCGUCACGACGUCGUGCUCGUCAUGGUGCAGUUUCGGUUGGCUAUGCUUGGCUUUCUGAAUCUCAACUCACAAGACGCCCCCGGCAACAUGGGUCUAGCAGACACCAUAGAGGCACUGCGCUGGGUGCACCGCAACAUCGAGUCGUUCGGCGGAGACCCGCGGCAGGUCACGCUGGGAGGCAUCAGCUCGGGAGGCAUCAUGACCCACGCGCUGCUCAUGUCGCCUCAAGCACAGGGACUCAUACACAAAGCCAUCAUACAGAGCGGUACCGCACUGUCCUACAGAUUCUACCACGAAGACACUGAACCUGUGGCACGGUACACUAAACAGGUCCUGAACAUGCCCGAUGCGUCUAACGAAGAGUUGCUGGCACAUCUCAUGUCCCUCACACCGUCUGAGCUGAUAAAGGUUUCAUCAGAUGUUAAAGGACUGUUUCCGAGGGGAUAUAACGAGUACUACCCAUACCCUAUUACACGAGAUCUUUUGGGAAUUAUACCUGAAAAUCCAAUAGACAUGGUGCGGAAGAAUAAUUAUACGCAAAUACCGAUGAUAAUCGGCAUCACAUCUGACGAAGGUAUUCGCUUGGAAGUGUUCAUGGACCGUCUUGAUUUUGUGAAUAAUAAUUUCUACAUGGUGGUGCCGACGGAUCUGUACGCUAUAGAUGAUAUGAGCUUCGAGAAGAAUGAGACCGCGCAACGGAUAAAGGAGUUUUACUUCGGCGAUAGAGACUUGUCCAGGGAAACGUUUCCACAAUACGCAGAGGUGUGUAGAGACUCGUGGUAUGGCCACAUCACCGACUAUGUGGUCCGCCUGCAGGGCUCGCUCAACUAUAGCGCUAAUGUCUAUUACUAUGUUUUCGCGAUUGAUGGCGCAUAUAAUACAAAAAAGUUCUCAAAUAUUACAAGUCCGGGAGCCAGCCACGCUGAUGAUAGGGGCUACCUGUUUAAAAUUAAUUCCCUGGCCAACGUACCAGUAAACGAUGAUUUUUCUGACUUGGCCCGAGACAGGAUGGUUGCUAUGUGGGUUAAUUUUAUCAUACACGGAAAUCCCACUAUUGAGACGACCAACCUAACCCCAGUUGAAUGGAAGCCCGUGCGGUAUCCCGAAGUCAACUAUCUAUUGAUCAACAGAACUAUCAGUUUAGAAACGAAUCCCUAUAGAGAGAAUUUACAGUUUUGGCAACGGCUCUACGGAUGGAUGGAACUAUAACAUAAGCAAUAGUUAGGGGAAUAUUAAUAAAACAAUGGUUAACUUUA